CCGGGCCAUCAAGGCAAAAUGCUCCCAAGGAGACGGCAUGCGGGCGGGGUUCCUCCCGAGUGGAAGGUGCUCUUUCUGGAACCUACCCAAACGGCAUGUGGGCUCUUUUCUAGGAUCUUCUCCUGAAAAUGAGGGCGGCGAUCCUUCUCGGGUUCCUGGGGGUGGCCCUGGCUGCGCCGCUCCUGCCCCAGCCCCUGCUGUCUGCGAGCAACAGUCGCGAGGCAUCGGCCAAUCCGCUGAUUUUCCCCCUCCCCGGAGCCCUGCACCACGGGCCUCGGCCACUGGGACUUUCGUGGCCGUCCCUGGGUCAUUUUGGAGGGCUUGUCCCAAAUGAGGUACCCCUCCCAGGGCAGGCGAGGCUGGCUCAGAGAAGCCAGGCAGUCCAGCAGGAAGCUCCUCGGCUGCAGAUGCUUCAGCAGAACCAGCAGGACCCUUAUCAGCCAGAGAGGACGGUGCGGAUGCAUCGGCUCCUGACUGGAGCGUGUUUGAUGUCUCCCAAGCAGAUGGUUCCGUACUAUCCAGUCUGCGUGUACGGCGCCCAGGACCCGCCUCUCCAGCUCUCUGCACUAGCCGGGCCGCCGCAGCCACCAGAGCAGGUCCCAUCUUAUCCUGAACUGGGGUGCCUUACUCAACAAGCACAGCCUCCAAUAGAAAAUGUGCUGCCAUAUACCCAACGAGAAAUGGUGAACCUUGGAUACCCCUAUGCUGGAAUUUUCAUGCCUUCCUAUCCUUUGAAGCAUCAAACAGCCAACAUUUUGGCUUCCCCUACAGAUAACGUAGUUCCUUUGGAGCUCCUGGAGGAAGAGAUCAACCCUGAUUUGCUGAAGGAACCGUAAAGAGUUUCCUCUUACGGAAUGGAGAUAUUUUGGAGAAAGCUUCUCCAUAAGAAUCCAGAUAUGACUGAGCUGAUGUUACUGACUGCUUCAUGCCUCAGUUUGAGAAGAGACUGUCAAUGCUAAUUCUUCACAUGGAAGACUCUUGGGGGGAGGGGAGGGGCAGGCAUUACCCUGCACAGAGUAUUAUGAAACCAGACCUUCGACAGGGGCUGCUUGGUGUGUUCGAGAGAUUCAACAAGAAGAAUGAGAAGAAUGUCAUAUAAUGUAGCUAUCUCUAUAAUGAUGUCUUCUGAAAAAAAAUCUACUGCAGAUUUGUGUUCCAAGUCGUCAAGACCAUACCUAGUUCUACAUAUGUAUUAAUUCCAAGUUUUCUGUCUUCCUUACAGAAAUACAAUUAUCUUACCGUAUAGUUCUUUUGUAGCCUUUUAUUUGGAUCCUCCACGGUUAAUGCGAUUCUACAGAACAUCUUCAACUCUCCUAAAGUCAUUAUUUACUUCCAGCUCUUAUCAAAGAUUAAAUUCUCUUCCGCAAGCAAACAGUAAACAAAGCCUCAUCAUGGGAAUUGUCUUUAUGAAAACUAAAUAUUCCUUUGAAACAGUCUAUAUUCACAUAAUCUUAGUAACAGUGAAGAUUCUCAUUGUCAACAAAUACAAGGAGGGAACUGAAUAAAAGUCCAUUUUC